UGCGGCGGAAGUGCACGCCGGAGUGCGUCUUCGCCCCUUACUUCCCGCCCGACCAGCCGGCGAAGUUCGCCAGCGUCCACCUCGUCUUCGGCGCCAGCAACGUCGCCAAGCUGCUCAACGAGAUCCCCGCCGCGCAGCGAGACGACGCCGUCAACUCCCUCGCCUACGAGGCAGAGGCUCGGCUCAACGACUCCGGUCUACGGCUGCGUCGGCUUCAUCACCAAGCUCCAGCACCGCCUCAAGCAGCUCCAAUUGGACCUCCACCUCGCCCGGCAGGAGCUCGCCAAGUACAUCGGCCCUCACGCCCUGCUUCCUUCAUCCGAUUUUGCCGCCCCAAAUGACCCCGGAAACCCCUCUGCUUCAGGCCUCUUGAUGCUACCGGCGUACUGCUACAGGAAGGGCGGCGAGGGGAAGUAUGAUUUGGCAGAGUGCGCCAUUUGCCUGUGUUGUGUUUGGUGGAGGAAGGAAGGAGGAAGGAAGGAGAGAGAAGAAAGUGGUCUGGUGGAAAAAGAUAAGGAUUGA